AUUCGUUUAAAAUACUCAAAAAACAUACAAUUUACAACGCCCCUUCCCAAUUGAAGGAGCUCCACUCCUGCACACAAGUUGGCAGCUCUAGAGCCAAGAACCCGCACCGCUGAACCGUCAUCGCCUAUCGAUUACUUACCUUUCAGCUCGGGAAGAAACGUGCUCGUUCGCCGUUUUUCUGACGAAAUUUUUGCUUUUAAUUCGACAAUUAGUCGCGUGAAAUUUCAGAAGUAAAGAUAUCCGAAAAUGCUGCGUGUGCCCAAGAUUCUGCCCCGCAUCGCCCGCCAGGCCGGCGUGGUGUCCUCGAACAUAAACGGAGCUUCUAGCAUAUUCCGCACUCUGCCCGGUGCUUGCAACGGAUUGUCGGGUCAAAUGCGCUACAAGUCCGGCGAGGUCAAAGGUGCUGUUAUCGGCAUCGAUCUUGGCACCACCAACUCCUGUUUGGCCGUUAUGGAGGGCAAGCAGGCCAAGGUGAUUGAGAAUGCCGAGGGUGCCCGCACCACACCCUCCCAUGUCGCUUUCACCAAGGAGGGCGAGCGCCUAGUGGGCAUGCCCGCCAAGCGUCAGGCUGUUACCAACUCGGCCAACACCUUCUACGCCACAAAGCGUCUGAUUGGCCGCCGCUUUGACGAUCCGGAGGUGAAGAAGGACAUCACUAAUUUGUCCUACAAGGUUGUGAAGGCCUCCAAUGGUGAUGCCUGGGUCUCGGCCACCGACGGCAAAGUCUACUCGCCCUCCCAAAUCGGUGCCUUCAUUCUGAUCAAGAUGAAGGAGACUGCCGAGGCGUACUUGAACACCCCCGUGAAGAAUGCUGUUGUUACUGUGCCCGCCUACUUCAAUGACUCGCAGCGUCAGGCCACCAAGGACGCUGGACAGAUUGCCGGCCUCAAUGUGCUGCGUGUGAUCAACGAGCCCACAGCCGCCGCUCUGGCCUAUGGAAUGGACAAGACGGAGGACAAAAUCAUUGCCGUUUACGAUUUGGGCGGCGGCACCUUCGAUAUUUCCAUUCUGGAGAUCCAAAAGGGCGUCUUCGAGGUCAAGUCCACCAACGGCGACACUCUGCUGGGCGGUGAGGACUUUGACAACACCAUUGUCAACUUCUUGGUGUCGGAGUUCAAGAAGGACACCGGCAUUGAUAUCCGCAAAGACAACAUCGCCAUGCAGCGACUGAAGGAAGCUGCCGAGAAGGCCAAGUGCGAGCUGUCGUCGUCUCAGCAGACGGACAUCAAUCUGCCCUAUUUGACCAUGGAUGCCGCCGGUCCCCAGCACAUGAACCUGAAGAUGACCCGCUCCAAGCUCGAGAGCCUGGUCGGUGACCUGAUCAAGCGCACCAUUCAGCCCUGCCAGAAGGCUCUGUCCGAUGCCGAGGUCGCCAAGUCGGAAAUCGGUGAGGUUCUGUUGGUCGGUGGCAUGACCCGUAUGCCAAAGGUGCAGUCUACUGUGCAAGAUCUGUUCGGUCGCCAGCCAUCGCGCUCCGUCAACCCCGAUGAGGCUGUGGCUGUCGGUGCUGCCGUCCAGGGUGGUGUGUUGGCCGGCGAUGUCACCGAUGUGCUCCUGCUCGACGUUACCCCGCUGUCGUUGGGUAUCGAAACUCUCGGCGGAGUGUUCACCCGUUUGAUUUCCCGCAACACCACGAUUCCCACCAAGAAGUCGCAGGUGUUCUCUACUGCUAGCGAUGGCCAGACCCAGGUGGAGAUCAAGGUGCACCAGGGCGAGCGUGAGAUGGCCACCGACAACAAGAUGCUGGGCUCCUUCACACUGGUGGGUAUUCCCCCAGCACCGCGCGGUGUCCCCCAGAUCGAGGUUGUGUUCGAUAUCGAUGCCAACGGUAUUGUGCAUGUGUCGGCCAAGGAUAAGGGCACUGGAAAGGAGCAGCAGAUUGUCAUCCAGUCGAGCGGUGGCCUGAGCAAGGACGAGAUCGAGAACAUGAUCAAGAAGGCCGAGGAGUAUGCCUCCGCCGACAAGAAGAAGCGUGAGCUGAUCGAGAUCGUUAACCAGGGCGAGAGCAUAGUCCACGACACUGAGACCAAGAUGGAGGAGUUCAAGAGCCAGCUGCCUGCCGAGGAGUGCGAGAAGCUGAAGAAGGAGAUUGCCGAUCUGCGCACGUUGCUGGCCAACAAGGAGACCGCCGAUCUGGAGGAGGUGAGGAAGGCCACCUCCCAGCUGCAGCAAUCCUCCCUCAAGCUCUUCGAGAUGGCCUACAAGAAGAUGUCCGCUGAGCGCGAGAGCAGCGGUGCCAACAGCUCUUCCUCCUCUGACAGCAGCAGCGGCUCCAGUGACACUUCUGGCGAGGCCAAGAAGGAGGAGAAGAACUAAAUUAGGCAACCAUAUAGUCAUAGUUGUUGUUCCCUUAAUUUAAUGAUAAUCGCUUCUGGAUUUCGAUUAAGUUUUACGCUAAACAAACACACACAAACGUCAUAUUCCUUUCCCGAAUCAUCAUGAAACAAGCACAGGCAUUUACCCAAAAUGUGUAGUAGCACGAUUUAUUCCCUUUCUGAAUCAUAAAAGACACAAAAUCUGAA